UGAGGUCAGCGCCUGCCCACACAGACUUUGUCUGUCGGUAGAUUUCAGGACGCUCUCUCUGACGCACGCAGCCUCCAGUUUUCUCCCAUUCGUGGACCCUGUGGAGCAGAUGGCUCCAACAUGGUCCAGCCCUGAGUCAAAGCAGAGUCACAGAGUCACUCUGAGCAGGUACUGCCUCGUCUUUGGGAUCUAUUGUUCUGCUAAGAACGACUCAGCGCUUCCUUCUGCUCAACUUCCGCCUCUCUGCCCCGAUCCCCUCUGCACGAGGUUGACUCACAGACAUUAAUGCAGCGCUCCGUGCCGCUCUCCUCGCUCCUUCCUGAACUGGGAACGCACCCUGUCUUCCCUAGCAAGCAUCAAAAUAAAAUGUGAAGUCUUUAUGCCGUAGAGAUGGCGGUGUGAGCUGCAGGCCUUGGGCAUGUUCUGCAUUCUAGUGAUAAAAAAAAAAAAAAAAAAAAAAAAAAAGCUGAGCCGAGCUCGCUGCGUGGUGAAGGUGACGGGUAAUGGGAGGGAUCGGGCUCCCGUACCUACAACCUACAGAGCAGCUCUCACCUGCCACCGCCACCACUUCAUCUCCAGCACAGGCUGUGGUCCACUCCCUCUCCGCAGGUGAUCGCCUCCUUCAGCUCCGACCAACGCUAUUAUUUUACAUCAUGCUCUCUUUUUUCAUUUUCCUUCCUGCUCAGCACGUGAAGACAAAUCCCCUCCUAACAUUGUCCUGCGCAUGCCUUCUUGCCUCUGUGCUCCGUGCACUUCAGAUUUUCAGAUUUAUUUUCUUACGGGGUGAAUUAAAAUAGAAAUGCAGGGCAGAAAAUAACGGAGUGGAAAAAGCAUAAAAAGAGACGCGAGCCAUUGUAAAUAUAACGAGUGUUAAUCAUGUGGUCAGCUGGAGCGGUGCCAGCUCUCCCUGAUUUGCAUUUGUCAGAAGCAUAUGAUCAGGUGGAGUCCCACCAGAGGCAGUCUGGCUUUAAGACAUGUGAUACAGUCUUUACACUCAGCCCGGCUGAACGCGAACAUUUGUUUCUUGGUGCUCAGACUCAGCGGGAGCUGCUGCUCAGAGGCUGCCUCUCACUGGAAGGAUGCAGACGGUGAACGGAGAGAUUCCACUACAGUUAAUUAAGGAGCACUCCGCACGUGCCUAUAAAAGCGAAGGGGCAAAUGAUUUCUGUGUCAGUGGGAGCAGCUCCUCGAGGGAAAGCAGUGGUAUUUCAAAGGUGGAAUCGAAAGAGCUGUAAAUCUGUUCCCCGACUGUGGCUUUGACGGGCAUUUCUGAAUCACUGGACUGUUGCUAUCAAAGUGUGGAGCAGGGAGGCAGCGGAGUUCCCUCUUCAAGCUGAAUCCAUGGGAUCAACAUAAGCAGCAUCAUGGAUGGAUUUAUGCCAUUCUGUUGAGAUUUUUUUUACUCUCUCUCUCUCUCUGUUUCGUUGCUCAGCAGAUGUGUCCUGUCAUGUCCUGGCUUCUCUGCCUGUGCCUCUGGGUUAGUGUGACUGCCAUCCAGCUGUGUCAGGCCACGUUCUACGACACCAUCCAGCAGCAUCCUGGGACGAGGCCGGGCCGAACCACCGUUCACAUGAUCGAGGGAGGCACAUGUGAAGUAAUUGCCGCUCACAGAUGCUGCAACAAGAACCGCAUCGAGGAGCGGUCGCAGACUGUCAAGUGCUCUUGUCUGCCGGGGAAGGUGGCUGGAACGACCCGAAACAGACCUUCCUGCGUCGACGCGUCCAUAGUAAUCGGGAAGUGGUGGUGUGAGAUGGAGCCGUGCCUGGAGGGGGAGGAGUGCAAGACCCUCCCCGACAACUCGGGCUGGAUGUGCUACGCCGGCAACAAGAUCAAAACCACAAGGAACACGCAGCCUUACACGACGUCCACGUAUUGACGGCCCGCAGGCGCGGACGCGAGGACACGCCUCCGGGGCUGAGGCCGAUUUGCAGCUCCGCCGCCGGACCAAUUAUCACGAAGACAAUGAACCUAUUGUUGCUGUACGAAAUGUGAACACUUCUCGGAUCAAAGUGUAAAAAAAAAAAAAAAAAAAAAAGAUGUAAAAAUGCACACGCUGCUCCGACGCUACGAGCUGCCCGCGAGGAACUUUGUGCUCUCAUCAUUUCCUGCGGACGUUCGCGGUGGAUCGCCGAUGCGCGCGCGUCUGGAUUGACUCGUGGAGCGCGGCGCCGCUCCCCAGACGUCAGUGACGCUGCCGAGCGGGAGCACAGCGCAUCAAAGGACACGCGCGCGCUAGUUGACAGCCCUCAGGUUUUUCUUUUCUUUUUUUUUUCUUUCUUUUUUUUAAAUUGCGUGUUGAAAAAUAUUGUACAUAAAAUGUCCGUCCCUUCUCGUGAACACAGGAUUAUUCGGACGGUAGUGAGUUGCUCUCCUCUCCGGGACAUGAAGGUGAACCAGACGUGUUUUACAAAUACAACUUGUGUGUCCUGAUGCGUUAAACCAUUUGUUCGUGUGCUACUCGUUUGCCUCCGCUCACCUCUUAAACGGCUCCACCGGUCAAACUUGGUAACGUGUCAGCCGCCCCCGAAAAUGAGUGAUUCGCCCAAAAUGUGAUGCCGCUAGGUCGUUUUCAAUACUUGAAAUGCCUUAUUUGUGUCUAAUCACCCAGACAUUGUACAUACGAAGCCAUCGCUGGACGUGUGCAGAUGUUCCAUUAAAGUCCUUGUUCCUGUAA